CUUCGUUGUGAUUUGAAAGCUGAAGCGCUGACCAAGUGUUACUCAUCACAUAGCAGCCAGCUUUGUCAUGGCAUAGCAGUCGCCCCUUGACUGGAGAUCCCGGUACUUAUAUCCCCACCCCAUCCCCGAACCGGUCCUUUCAACUUCACAAUAUCCGAUCAUGCCCCCUACAGAACAGAAGGCCCUCUUUCUCCUCACCCCGGGCGGCGAGUUCGCUGUCAGAAGCAGGUCCGUCCCAUCUCCUGGGGCUGGCGAGAUAUUGGCUAGGGUGGACGCCACGGCGCUGAACCCGGUCGACUGGAAGAUCCAUCGGCAUGCCCCGGACAUCAUUCAGUAUCCCGGUAUUCUUGGAACAGAUGGGGCUGGCGUUGUCGAGGAGGUUGGCGAGGGUGUCACUCAUCUCCAAAAGGGCGAUAGGAUCUUGUGGCAGGGGAUGUUCACGAACGAUAGGGCAACGUUUCAGCAGUACACUCUGGCGACCGCCUACCACGUCGCCAAGCUUCCUGACAGCGUCAGUGUCGAUGAGGCGGCGUCAGUUCCGCUCGGCCUCGCAACGGCCUUCUUGGGCUUGUACAACGAGAAGAAGGAUGGUCAGGGCGGCGGCGCCGGCCUGAUCCCGUACUACAAAUCCACGAAGGCCCAUGAAGGCUCUCCGAUUGUCGUGCUCGGAGGUGCCACAUCUGUCGGUCAAUACGCUAUACAGUUCGCUCGAUUGUCAGGCUUCUCCCCGAUUAUCGCGACAGCCUCCGUCAAACACACAGAGUUUCUCAAAUCACUAGGCGCAACACACGUUCUUUCGCGCACUCUACCUGAUGAUGCUCUGAUCGCCGAGAUUCGUAGCAUUACCUCUCAGCCCGUUGAGGUUGUGUACGACGCGGUCAGUCACGCAAGUACACAAAAGCCCGGCUGGUCUCUCCUCGCGCCUGGUGGUCAGCUCGUCCUCGUGCUGCCGCCUGCUGAGGGUAUCGUGAGCGGUCAGGAUGGGAAGGGUGUAGUGAAUGUGGUUGGGAACGUUGGAUACCCUGGCCAGGUAGAGAUUGGAAGAGAGCUUUAUGCGACGUUGAGUCAGCUACUCGCAGAUGGCUCAAUCAAGCCGAACCGCGUGCAAUUGCUACCUGAAGGACUCGCGGGUAUUCCCCACGGCUUGGACCUGAUGCGUCAGGAGCAAGUCAGCGGCAACAAGCUCGUUGUUCGUCCUCAGGAGACUGCAUGAACAUCCAAUCAUCAUGCCCUCCAUCCUUGACAGCUCGGCGUUCGUUUUUCUGUAGUAAUGCGUGGAUGCGUGUGUAUGGGGUGUCGAACCUGACAGACAUCUUCAACGCACGUGCUCGAGCUCCAACGAUGAAGCAUAUCCCUAUGGGGCUUGGGCACACGACCUGAGUCCGCGUCGCUUUUCAUGAGUUCAUAAUUAUAACUUGCGCAACACGGCAAAGCUUCCUGGCGGCACCGAAGCUUGUUGACACGAAUUCUUGCUCGAGCUGAAUAGUCCUUCGUCCUACGUGUAUUCAUUCUGUACUGAAGGCGAUGCGGAUACCUGACCAUUAUACUAGCUUGGGCAAUCACUGCACGCAAGC